AUGGCGUGCUGUUUUACUAAAAUCUCUCUCUCUCUCUCUAGGCUUGAGCGUCUGUUCAUCUUGCUGGAUACUGGCACGACUCCUGUGACCAGGAAAGCUGCAGCUCAGCAGCUAGGUGAUGUGGUCAAACUCCACCCACAUGAACUCAAUAAUCUUUUAUCGAAGGUUUUGAUAUACUUGAGGAGUCCAAACUGGGACACACGAAUUGCUGCUGGACAGGCAGUUGAGGCCAUAGUGAAGAAUAUUCCAGAAUGGAAUCCACCUCCCAAACCUAAAGAAGAAUGCGGCGGGGAGGACAUGUCGCCUGAGGAUGGAGCAUCUGAUCGGUUGAGUUUUUAUCGUUUUGACAUUUCACGUCUGCUCAAACAUGGCGCCUCGCUCCUCGGCUCAGCUGGUGCAGAGUUUGAAGUCCAGGAAGACAAGUCUGGAGAGACAGAUUCUAAGGAGCGUCUGGCUCGUCAGAGGAAGCUACUGCAGAGGAAGCUCGGUUUGGACAUGGGCGCUGCCAUUGGCAUGGAUACAGAGGAGCUCUUUAAUGAUGAAGAUCUGGAUUACACCUGUACUUCCACUGCAAACAGAGUACAGGGCACUAAGAGCCCUGGUUGCUCCAGUGCCAGCAACCAUGUGCCUAUGCAGGCUGCCGAGUUGAUUGACUCAGAGUUCCGACCAGGCAUGAGCAAUCGACAGAAGAAUAAAGCCAAGAGGAUGGCAAAAUUGGUAGCAAAGCAGAGAUCCAGAGACGUGGAUCCUAAUGAUAAAAGCAAUGACAGCUUUGAUGGAGAGCCAGAGGAGAAACGGAGGAAAACCACAAACAUCGUCAUAGACCAACCUGCCACAGAGCACAAAGUCUUAAUCGAUAACGUUCCAGAUAACUCCAGCCUGUUUGAUGAGACUCAAGAGUGGCCAUUGGAGAGUUUCUGUGAUGAACUUUGUAACGACCUCUUCAAUCCUUCAUGGGAGAUUCGCCAUGGUGCCGGCACAGGCCUAAGGGAGGUUCUGAAGUAUCAUGGAGCAGGCGGGGGAAAACUGGCUGGCAGUACUGCAGAACAGAUGGCACGGCAGCAUCAGGAGUGGUUGGAAGAUUUGGUCAUCAGACUUCUGUGUGUCUUUGCUCUUGACCGAUUUGGAGACUUCGUAUCCGAUGAGGUGGUGGCUCCAGUCAGAGAAACAUGUGCUCAGACUCUGGGCGUGGCCCUCAGGCACAUGACUGACGGCGGUGUUACCAUGACAGUGGACAUUCUGCUGAAGCUGUUGAUGGAGGAUCAGUGGGAGGUCCGACACGGGGGUCUGCUUGGCAUUAAAUACGCUCUGGCUGUCAGACAGGAUCUGAUCUCAGUGUUGCUGCCUCGAGUGCUCCCUGCCAUCACAGAAGGCCUACAGGACCUGGACGAUGAUGUGCGGGCCGUGGCGGCCGCCGCCCUCAUCCCUGUGGUGGAGGGACUCGUGCAGCUGCAGCCAGAAAAGGUUCCCUUCAUCGUGAACACACUCUGGGACGCUCUUCUGGAGCUGGAUGACCUCACGGCGUCCACAAACAGUAUCAUGACCCUGCUGUCCUCUCUGCUCACCUACCCCCAAGUGCGCCAGUGCAGCAUGCAACAGUCUCUCACAGUGCUGGUUCCUCGCGUGUGGCCGUUUCUGCGACACACCAUCGCCUCUGUCCGCCGCGCUGCCCUGGAGACACUUUUCACACUGCUAUCCAAAGCAGACCAGGGCUGUGCCGUGUGGCUAAUCCCCAUUCUCCAGGACAUGCUCAGACACAUCUUUCAGUCCUGUAUACUGGAGAGCAAUCAGGAGAUUCUCGACCUCAUACACAAGGUUUGGGGGGAGCUGUUGCGUCAGGCCCCUCAGCAGUACGUAGUAGCGGCCAGCUGUCCGUGGAUGGGCGCCUGGCUCUGUUUGAUGAUGCAGGCAUCACACAUCCCUAUAGACCUCAACAUGCUUUUGGAGGUCAAAGCACGAAGUAAGGAGAAGGCUGGGGGGAAAGCUCGACAGGGCGUCUCUCAGGUAAAGGAGACUGUACAGGAGUACAUAGCAGGAGCGGAAACCGUGACUGAAGACCCCGCCACACGAGACUACGUGGUGACGCGAGCUCGUCUCAUGGCUGCCAAGCUGUUGGGGGCACUGUGUAGCUGCAUCUGUGAUCCACAGCUCAACAGCUCCACUCAGGAGAUCCGGCCCGCCGAGUCCCUCGCUCAGCUGCUGCUCUUUCACCUCAACUCCAAGUCGGCCCUGCAGCGCAUCGCCGUGGCCAUGGUGCUGUGUGAGUGGGCGGCGGUACAGAAGGAGUGUGAGGUGGUGUCCAGUGUGGUGCAGCCGCGACUGUUGGCGAUCCUGUCGGAACAGCUGUACUACGACGAGAUCGCCAUUCCCUUCACCCGCAUGCAAAACGAGUGCAAACAGCUCAUCGCCCUGCUGGCUGACGCCCACGUCGACAUGCGAGAUCGCGUCAACUGCAGCGUGUUCACUAUCGAUCAGGCCACGGAACUGGUGACCACGGUCUUUUCUGAGUCCACUGCGGCGUUCAACAUGAAGUCCAAGCAGUUCCAGGCUCUGGACAGUAAGCGUCAGCAGGCCCAGUCGACCGUCUCUGAGACCAGUAUCGAGUGGCAGCAGCUCCAUCUCCGCGUCCACACCUUCACCGCCUGCGCGGUGGUGGGGUUGGCAGCCCUGCCCGACAAGCUCAACCCGGUGGUGCGACCUCUGAUGGAGGCGGUUCGGAAAGAAGAGAACACGCUGGUUCAAGGCUACGCUGCUUCAAACAUCGCCCGACUGCUCCAGCUGUGCGCGGGAAGAUUGCCUUGUCCCAACCCCAAAAUAGUGAAGAACCUCUGUACCUCUGUGUGUGUGGACCCCCUGCUCACCCCCACUGCUGCCUGCCCCGUGCCCCCAACCCCCGCCACACAGGAGAGUGGCAAAGCCGCAGGAUCCGAGAAGGACAGCCCACAUCACACAGUCAGUAAAACCAAAGGCAUCAUCACCCUGUAUCGUCAUCAGAAAGCAGCUUUUGCCAUCACCAGCAAGAGAGGCCCCACCCCCAAAACAGCCAAAACACUGACCAAUGAUCUGCCCCCAGGAAGCUCCGCCCUCAGCACGGAAACAGACGAGAAUAAGAAGCCUUGCCUCAUUCAGAGGAGAGGGGCGGAGUUCUCUCUGACCACAAUAGCCAAGCACUUUGGGACAGAGCUGACCACAGCAUUGCCGUAUCUGUGGGAGUCUAUGACUGGACCACUGAAGGCCGUGCUCAACGAUCAGGGUUUUGAUGCAGGCAUAUUGUUAGAGAAGGGGGAUUCAGUAGCUCAGGAGCUGGUGAAUUCUCUUCAGGUGCUGGAGGUCACAGCAGGAGCUAUGGCUGCUCAGCUCAUCCCUCUGUUGUUGGAGCAGCUCACUCUCCUGUGUACCUGUUUGCAGCACCCUUACACUGCUGUGCGUCACAUGGCUGCCCGGUGUGUGGGCGUACUCAGUAAAAUCGCUACCAUGGAGACCAUGAACGUUUUCCUGGAGCGUGUGCUGCCGUGGCUGGGAGCUAUUGACGACAGCACGAAACAGGAAGGAGCAAUCGAAGCCUUAGCUUGUGUGAUGGAGCAGUUGGAUGUGGACAUAGUGCCCUACAUAGUUUUACUGGUAGUUCCAGUGCUGGGUAGGAUGAGUGAUCCAAGCGACAGUGUCCGAUUUAUGGCCACUCAGUGUUUUGCCACACUCAUUCGUCUGCUGCCCCUGGAGGCUGGUAUCCCUGACCCACCCACCAUGUCAGACGAUCUGAUUCGUCAGAAAGCGAGAGAGCGUCAUUUUCUGGAGCAGCUAUUGGACGGCAGGAAGCUGGAGAAUUACAAGAUACCUGUGCCUAUCAAAGCUGAGCUCAGAAAAUACCAGCAGGAUGGAGUGAACUGGCUGGCGUUCCUGAAUAAGUACAAGCUCCAUGGGAUCCUGUGUGAUGACAUGGGGCUGGGAAAAACCCUGCAGUCCAUCUGCCUGCUUGCUGGAGAUCACUACCUCAGGGCCCAGGAGUAUGCCAGGACUAAAGCUGCCGACUGCUGUCCUCUCCCGUCACUGGUGGUCUGUCCGCCGACUCUGACCGGUCACUGGGUGGACGAGGUGGGCAAGUUCUGCAACAAGGAAUACCUCAACCCCCUGCACUAUACUGGCCCCCCCACAGAGAGAGCCCGUUUACAGCACCAAGUGAAGAAGCAUAACCUUGUGGUAGCCUCUUAUGAUGUCGUUAGGAACGACAUUGACUUUUUUAGGAAUAUUAAAUUUAAUUACUGUAUCCUUGAUGAGGGUCAUGUGAUUAAAAAUGGCAAGACCAAGCUGUCGAAAGCCAUCAAACAGCUGGCAGCAAACUACCGAGUCAUCUUGUCAGGAACUCCCAUCCAGAAUAACGUUCUGGAGCUGUGGUCGCUCUUUGACUUCCUCAUGCCAGGGUUUUUAGGUACAGAGCGACAGUUCGCCGCACGCUACGGGAAGCCCAUCCUCGCUAGUCGAGAUGCCAAGAGUUCAUCCCGUGAGCAGGAAGCAGGUGUUCUGGCCAUGGAAGCUCUACAUCGGCAGGUGCUACCCUUCCUCCUGAGGAGGAUGAAGGAGGAUGUACUUCAGGAUCUUCCACCCAAAAUCAUCCAGGAUUACUAUUGUACCCUCAGCCCCCUACAGGUUCAGCUGUAUGAGGACUUUGCCAAGUCUCGGGCAAAGAUGAGCAUCGAUGACACCAUCUCCACAGCAGCUGUGCCGGAUGAAGAGGAGAAGCCCAAACUGAAGGCUACGGGACAUGUCUUCCAGGCACUGCAGUACCUUAGGAAGCUGUGUAACCACCCUGCCCUGGUCCUGACCCCUCAGCAUCCAGAAUACAAACGCAUAACUGAACAGCUCACCUCUCAACACUCGAGCCUCAGAGAUAUCCAACACGCACCCAAACUCUCCGCUCUCAAACAGUUGCUGUUGGACUGCGGUUUGGGUUCCUCAGGCUCUGUGGACGGAGGAACAGAGGCAGUGGUGGCCCAGCAUCGUGUGCUCAUCUUCUGUCAGCUGAAGAGCAUGUUGGACAUUGUUGAGCAGGAUCUGCUGAAACCACAGCUGCCCACUGUCACCUACCUCAGACUGGAUGGCAGCGUUCAGGCCGGCCUGCGCCAUUCCAUCGUCUCCAGGUUUAAUAAUGACCCUUCCAUAGAUGUGUUGCUGUUGACCACUCAUGUGGGAGGCUUGGGUUUGAAUCUGACUGGGGCAGAUACAGUGGUGUUUGUGGAGCAUGACUGGAACCCAAUGAGAGACCUACAAGCCAUGGACAGAGCCCACAGGAUAGGCCAGAAACGCGUGGUGAAUGUGUAUCGUCUGAUAACCCGGGGCACUCUGGAGGAGAAGAUUAUGGGUUUGCAGAAGUUUAAAAUGAGCAUCGCCAACACAGUCAUCAGCCAAGAGAAUGCCAGCCUACAGAGCAUGGGAACGGACCAGCUACUCAACCUGUUCACCCUGGAUAAGGAUGAGAAGUCGGAGAAGAGCGAGCCUUCCUCUUCCUCAGGGAAAGCGUCAAUGAAGUCAGUGUUGGACGGCCUGGGUGAGCUGUGGGACCAGCAGCAGUAUGAAAACGAAUACAACCUUGACAGCUUCAUCCACUCUCUACAAUAAGACUCUCAUCUUCAGACGCCUCACGCUCUCAAUUCAGCCCUCUGAGGGACUUUACCGGACCCUCAGGAUUCUGGAUCGCCAUCAAAACCACAGCCCACAGUGACUGGAACAGUGUCAUAUACCCUUUUCAAUUUCACAAGCAUUGGUCAAUACUUUACACACUCCACUUCCCAAACCUCUCCAGCUGACCAGUAGUCAAUCUGCCCUGGAAAUGACAUCUCCAGCACCCCCAGGCAGAGACGGGCAGAUUAAAUUUAGCUGACGCAGGUGUUGGAGUUUGGUAUCAGAGUUGGUCUGCACACGAAACACACCAGAGAAUGAAUCCUUGCCUUAGGGAAGGAUUGUUUAAGUAUUCAUCGUCUUUCCUGUCCUUGCUUUACCUUUUCUAUAGUCUUACAGCACACUUCUCUGAGUUUAACAAGUCAGACUGAAGUCUGCCUAAUAAAGAGAACGUAGAGCACGAAGUGAUGUAUAAAAAAUUAGGCUUCUAAAGCCUUGUAGAUACAUAGACAUCACAGAAGAUGGCCAAAAAUCUUGGUGGAACUGAAUAAAUAUGUAUUUUAGAACAGUUUGUGAGUCCUCCUGUCCACCAGGGGGCAACCUGCUAUCUGAAGAACAGUAUGGAAUCUAUUUUUUCCUUCUUUUUUUUUUUUGCCCCCACCUUCACCCGUUUGACCACAGUAGGAGUAUGAGACUGGUUGGGACUUCACCCAUCCCAUUGGUUAGGAGCUGAACUGUGAGUUAUAGGUUCAAACUGAGGACUGGCCCUAAGACUUCCCAUGAGUGUUCAUAGAGUUUUAACAAGAGGAGAACAUGGACUUGUACAUAUUUCUGUAAUUUGCCUUCUUUGGUUA